AUGGCAUCAACAGUCACGAAACACCCAAUUAUUUUGUGGGCUCAACGAGAAGAUACAAUCCUUUUAACCAUUGAAGUUAUGGACUUGAAUGUUGAAGUUCUAGAUUACAACGAUGAAACACAGACGUUCACCGUGAAAGGCAGAUCAAAAGCCGGAGACCAGUACGAGGCUGAACUAAAGUUCUUCGGAAAACUCGACUGGUCAGAAAGAAAUCGCAUCAAGACUGACAGACAUGUCGAACUGAUCAUUCACAAGAAGGAGCCUCAAUGGUGGCCAAGACUUCUUGAGAGUAAGGAUAAGGUGCAGUGGAUCAAGGUAAGAUAUUUUUUGUUGUUAUUGAACCUUUAGGAUCGAAAUAGGUUGAGGAAUAUAUGGUUAUUGUCGUGGCAUAUUGCAACAUCUUUUUUUACUUAUACGUUAUGGUUUUUGAUAUAACUUUUUUCAUAAGGUAGAUAGAAAUCACAUAUUUUGCUACAAGUUAGCGUAUUUCAUUCUUCAACUAAAGAAAAAAAUUGGUUUUAAAAUUUAAAGAUUUUUUAAACUUAACUUUUUCCUUAAGCUACUCUAUAUGAAUACGAUUAUAAUGAAUAUGGAUCUAAAAAUACUAAUUGUAUCAAACUUCAGGUCGACUUCAACAAAUGGGCUGACGAAGAUGAUGAGGACGAAGCCGGCGGCGCCUUUGACUCCUCAAACUUCCAAAACUUUGACUUUAGCAAAUUCAGCGGUCUAGGUGGAGAAGGAGAAGAUGCCGAUGUUGAUGCCAGUGAAUUACAAGAUGAAUUGGACGCUCACGGUGAAACCGACGACGAAGCUGAAGAAGAGUUGUCGAAAGUUGAGAGCGACGUCAAAACUACAGAAUCCAACGCUUAA